AUGUCUGGGAUACUAACCAAUUUAAAUAUCGAGAGUGGUUAUUUUAAUGAAGAUAUAAAAGAAGAAUCGAAUGAAUCAAAUUUUAUGUACGCCAAUAUUAGUAUGUUAAUAAGAGCAUAUAAAAAAGAUAGAAAUAAAUUAAUAUUACUAAAUAAAAAAUUAAAUCUGAUAAAGAUCGUAGGACUCGUAUUAAAUAUUGAAGAAAAAAAAGAAUUUAUAAUAUAUACAAUAGAUGAUACUACAGGAUGUAUCAAAGCUAAAUUACUUUUAACAUAUUCAUUAAAUAGUUAUAAUGAAAAAAAAGAUAAUAUAAAAAUUAAUGAUUUAAUACAAAUAUUUGGUAUAUGUAAUACUGUUAGUUUAAAUGAAGACUUAACCAUAUCCAUAAGUUCAAUUAAUAAAUUAGAUUCUUUUAAUUAUUUAUGUCAUCAUCAUUUAUUAGUUUUUCAUGAUUAUUUAAAAUAUCAAGAAGAAGAAAGGAGAAAUCCAAUCGAGGACAAAAGCAGAAAUGACGAAGAUGAUUUGGAGUCCACACAAAAUAAUGAAAAUGCUUAUUUUAAUACAUUUUUUUAUUAA